UCGGGAGUAUAUCUCAGAUGAACCUGUCAGACAUUGUCAAAUCCUUGCUGUCUUCAUAAAGGCGGAAACAAUUGUGAUCUGCACGGGUGUUGUUAGGGUGCAGGCGCGUUCCUAAUAUUGUGGCAGCCACGGAUAAAAGGCGUCCGUGGCGUGGAAGUGGAAAAUCCCCUCGCAAAGCAGUGAGCAGAGAGGCCACGCUGGGCUGUAGGUAAGCUCAGCCCACCUUCUCUCCCCCAACCGGACGCACUCGACAGGAGCCUCUCUCCUCUCAAAGCGCGCUGAGCGCCUUCGCUCGUCAAGCCCGGGCAAAUGCCUCCACGGCCCGCCCGAACAGCUUUUGGCAGGCGACAAAGGGACGACACAACUUGAAAAAAGGUGGCGGCCGAGUUGGGAGCUACAGGGCCAGGAGCAUGACUGAGCAGCAGGAGCACUCUGAAGAAACAGGCCUGCUCUCCACACAGGACCCGGAUGCCUCCAAGGAUGAAGACGCGCACGGACACCUCAGGUUUCAGCUGAUUGAAGAGCUCUCCUAUGAGGAUGUAAAAAAAUGUUACCGUGGCUCGUGUGUGUCUUGCAGCGACUUGCUUCAGGCCAUGGAUGAGUGUGUAUGUGUAUACGGUGCCAACGUGCUGAGUCUGGUGCAGAGCUCGCCGCCUCUGAGGGAGCGAGUGGUGUCCGCGGUGAGCAGAGUCGGAGCGGCCGGCGGCUGGAGAGGGGGUUCUGGUGCCGUGCGGGCGGGCCGGUCCGCCAAGGAGCUGCUCAUGACUCUGCCCUGUCCCUCUGCACAGACUGUCAGCAAGUACAACUCGCAGUACCACAAACUGUUCCAGUGUGUGCCCAAGGAUGAGCUCCUUAUGAAAGUAUACUCCUGUGCUCUGCUCAGAGAUAUCCUCCUACAAGGCAGGCUUUACAUCUCGAGAAACUGGCUAUGUUUCUAUGCAAACCUCUUCGGCAAGGACAUCAAGGUGGCCAUCCCUGUUGUCUCUGUGCGGUUGGUGAAAAAGCAUAAAACAGCGGGCUUGGUGCCCAAUGGCUUGGCUAUCACCACAGACACUGGCCAGAAGUAUGUAUUUGUGUCACUUCUAUCAAGAGACAGUGUGUAUGAUGUACUUCGUAGGAUCUGCACACACUUACAGGUCAAUGGGAAGAGUCUGAGUUUAAAGCAGUACAUGGAGGAGCCCACCUUAUCACUGGAUGAAUUCCCGACUCCUGACGAGUUCCCAGCGGUUGAUGAAUUCCCGUCGGUGUUAAAGUGGAGACGGAAGCCCUCAGUGGCGUCUGUGUCCUCCUCCCUUCCAGACCUGCUGGGAAACUCAAGCAGCAGUCUGAGCGCUGUGAGCACACCCUUCAAGUCAGAGCAGCCUCUGGAAGAGCGAGCCCUGCAGACAGACAGAGGCCUUUUAUCAGAGCCAGUGGCAGAGUUGGGCCACAUGGAAUACCAGCUGCUCAAGUUCUUUACCCUGCUGAUCAUUCUCCUCAUCCUGUCUUCGUGCUACCUGGCAUUCCGUGUGUGCAGUCUGGAACAGCAGCUCUCCUUCCUCAGCAACCCACAUUUGCCCCUCAGGGAGAGGUCACUAUAAUCAAUCAAACUACUAAUUUACUCCCUAAAUACACAUGCAUACCUACUCUGUGUGAAUCAAAAGAAGAGGAGGAGAGUCAGACCCCCAAAGGCUCCAUCAACCUGUCUUGCUUUCCCGUUGUCCAGGUAACCUCAGCCUGUUGGAUGGACUUUUGGUUUGGCUGCUGGUCACGCUUCCCACACGCAGAUCCAGGAUCAUCUCUGAUUCUCCAAUUAUCAUAUGAUGAAGCAACACCGACAUCUUAAGGACCAUCCCUCCAUGGGACUGGUGAUCACUUUGAAACUAUGCAAACAGACUCUGUAUUUGUGUCCCGUAAUGACCCUGUGGCAAGUGAAUGAUCGUUCAAAAGAGUGAUUACUUGAAAAGACUUGAAAAACGCAUUUCAUUUGUAGCUUAGCCUACUUUACAGUGAACUAAACCAAAUGACCUGUUGACGAUCCUGACUUGUGCACUUUUUAAAAAAUAUGUCCACAUCAUUUUCAAAUUAUUUUUAGAUGCAUCGAUUAUUUGUGCACAGUGAGAUAGUGGUUAAAACAUGUUCCUCACAGUUCUGAGGUUCAGGGAUUCAAAUCUUAACUCUGGCCUUCCUGUGUGGCGUUUGCAUGUUCUCCCCAUGCUUGAGUGGGUUUUCUCCGGGUACUUCAGCUUUCUCACACAUUCUCUCAAAAACAUGCAUGUUAGGUUCAUUGACGACUCUAAAUUGUCCGUAGGUGUGAAUGUGACUGUGAAUGGUUGUUUGCCCGUACAUGCCCUGUGAAAGGCUGGAGACCAGUCCAGGGUGUGUAUAUCCGCCUCUUGCCCAAAGUCCAUCACCUGCAACCCCAAUGAGGAAAAGCAGGACAAAAGGAUGGAUGGAUGGAUGGAUGGAUGGAUGGAUGGGUAACCUGUAAGUUACAGGUUGUAACCCCAAUGAGGAAAAGCAGGACGAUGGAUGGAUAAGCCUUGAACAUAGGUACUCAGUUGUCAUGUUCAAAGGUAUUUAUCCGACGGAGGAGGCAAGGUUGCAACAGUUGACUGAAUGAAACGAUCAUUUAACUGUAAUAUACUAAAGCAAUAACACCUCUGUUAAUAACAAUGUGAAUGAAAUGAUGAGGUAACAAAUGUCUAUUUAUAGAUGUAUUGAUCUGUUGAAAAGAGUGGUUUAUUUUAUACAUUUCUAAUGAAGUGCUCACUUAUAUUCUAAUGACAAGUGUAAAUGUUAUCAUGACUUUGUUGAAGGAUAUUGUAUUGAUUUUGCUGACUGGAGGUCAUUUUAGUUUAGCAAUGAACUCCUUGUUGAUUAAAUUGGCGACAGACCCCA